CACAAGUAAACAAAUAGCGGCCUCGUAAAACUGGACGUGCGGCGCGGGGAGCGGAGCCUCCGGGCUGCCGGGUGAGGCGCGGGCUGCCCGGGUGCCGGCGUGCGGGAGCGAUGUCCGCAGGGGCCGUUGGCCCCGCACGGCGGCGGGAUCCCGCCGGGAGAGCCGCUUUAAAGCAGCGCUGAGCAAUCUCAUUUUUCACACGUCUCCUGUAGUCAAACUGCCCCUGUCAGAGGAAAGGAGUUGCUUCCUGUUAUUUCCAUUGAAAUACUUGUCCCGGUCGUUAGCCGCAGGCUUCUGCGGGAUGGCACCGCGCACGCCGAGGGGCUCCGGCCGGUUCUCUGGAGGGGUCCUGCUGCUCUGGGUGCUCCUGGGGACCAGGCUGUCCCCUGUGGUUGCCGAGGUGGAGGGCUUUGGCCAGGAGGCCAGGACGAGCCCGCCCAUGACCAUGGCCAUGUUCAACUGGACGGAGCAGCUCGUGGAGGAGAUGUACACCAACCUCACGCAGAAAUGCUGGGAUUUAUUUGUUGAAGUGAUGAGGAACGUGACAGCGUCAGAGCUGUGCGAGUGGAAAGUCAUCAGCAGGCCCUACAGCUUGCUGCAGGCCUGCCUGGAGGACUGGGCUGACCACUUGCACUACGGCUACCCCAACGCGCUGGCAGAGCAGUACAUCUUCCAGAGCCACCACCGCUACUUCCACAACUGCACCCUGGAGCACCAGGUCUACUUCGACCCGCCCGAGGACGUGCUGCUGGCCAUGAUCAUCGCCCCCAUCUGCCUCAUCCCCUUCCUCGUCACCCUUGUCAUCUGGCGCAGCAAGGACGGCAAGGCCCAGCCCUAGCGCUGCCGCUCGGGCACCACGGCUCCAGCCGCCCCGUCCUGCGGAGGGCAGAGACCGGGCAGCGGCCGUGUGUGUCCCGUGCAUGUGCUGCCCGCCCGGG